UCCUUUUCUUCCUCCUUUAACGGAGGAUCCCGCUGUCCUGAGCCAUGGCGUGCUGCCUGUCGGAAGAGGCGAAAGAGCAAAAGCGUAUCAACCAGGAGAUCGAGAGGCAACUACGUAGGGAUAAACGAGAUGCAAGGAGAGAACUUAAGCUUUUAUUACUCGGUACUGGCGAAUCAGGAAAAUCCACGUUUAUCAAACAGAUGAGAAUUAUUCACGGCUCCGGUUACUCGGAUGAAGAUAAGAGAGGAUUCAUCAAGCUGGUCUACCAAAACAUAUUCAUGGCGAUGCAGUCGAUGAUACGGGCGAUGGAACUACUCAAGAUCGAGUACGCGGAAUCAUCGAAUAUAGAAAAAGCGGAACUCGUGAGAGCAGUCGACUUUGAGACGGUCACGACAUUCGAAAGUCCAUACGUUGAAGCGAUCAAGGACUUAUGGGCAGACGCCGGAAUUCAAGAGUGUUAUGAUCGCAGACGAGAGUAUCAACUAACAGACUCUGCUAAGUAUUACCUAAUGGAGAUAGAUCGAGUUGCGGCGCCAAACUAUCUCCCUACAGAACAGGACAUACUUCGUGUGAGAGUACCUACUACCGGUAUAAUUGAGUAUCCUUUUGACUUGGAAGAGAUCCGAUUUAGUUAUCUUAGUGACCUAGAACGUAUUGAAAAGCCUGAUUUUCUUCCUACCGAGCAAGAUAUUCUUCGGGCUCGAGCUCCCACUACCGGCAUUAUAGAAUAUCCAUUUGAUCUGGACUCCAUCAUAUUUAGGAUGGUAGAUGUAGGUGGACAGAGAUCAGAAAGAAGAAAAUGGAUUCAUUGUUUUGAGAACGUCACUUCCAUUAUAUUUUUAGUAGCUUUAAGUGAAUACGAUCAAAUUUUAUUCGAAUCGGAAAACGAGAAUCGAAUGGAAGAAAGUAAAGCGCUCUUCAAAACGAUUAUAACAUAUCCCUGGUUCCAACAUUCUUCCGUUAUUUUGUUCCUAAAUAAAAAAGAUCUACUCGAAGAGAAAAUAAUGUAUUCUCAUCUGGUGGAUUAUUUUCCUGAAUACGAUGGGCCACAAAGAGAUGCCAUAGCCGCUAGAGAAUUUAUUCUAAGGAUGUUUGUCGAUCUAAAUCCAGAUAGUGAGAAGAUAAUUUAUUCUCACUUCACAUGUGCCACAGAUACGGAGAACAUCAGAUUUGUAUUUGCAGCAGUGAAGGAUACUAUCUUGCAAUCUAAUCUAAAGGAAUAUAAUCUGGUCUAGAUGAGAAGAUAUCGACUAAUUUACUUUAACAUCUUAACCAAAGUAUAUUGCGGUAUAGAGACAUUGUUAAACGACAAAAGGAGCAGGGAAAAAUGAUAUACCGAAGGGAGACAAGGAAUAAACGAUAACUAUAUAUUAUGGUGCCAUCGAUGAAGCAUCGCAGUUCCAUCAUAAAAGGAGUACCAACUUUAGCUAAUAAAAAUAUGUAAUACGAUGGAACUACCAGCGAGACAAACAAAGACGGACCUAAAUCUGA